AUGUCUCACUCACCUAAACACGAUCACGAACAGGCCUCAACCAAUUACAAGGAAGCUUUCUCGCUGUUCGACCGCCGCGGAUCGGGCAAGGUCUCGCUGGAGUUGCUCGGCGAUUUGCUGCGCGCAUGCGGUCAAAACCCUUCCCUUGCGGAGAUUGCGGACCUGGAGAAGAGCGUUGGAGGAGACUUUGACUUCGACUCCUUCUUGAAGGUUCUCAACCGACCGGGAGGUUUCCGCGAACCCGGCGAGCCAGACGAAUACUGUCGCGGUUUUCAGGUGUUCGACAAGGACUUGACUGGGUUUAUCGGAGUGGGACAGCUUCGCUACAUCUUAACGAACCUUGGUGAGAAAAUGUCGGAUGAAGAAGUCGAUGAGCUCCUGAAGGCUGUUGAUACCAGCUCUGGCGAGAUCAACUACACCGACCUCGUCCGUACUAUUCUGGCCAACUGA